AUGUCAGACGCACAAAGUACAGGAGAAAUACGGCGGUCGGUCCCCAAUGCGGGAUCAGUGGAGUCAGAUCUUGAUGAGAUGGAUGCAGCUGAUACGAACUCGAUUUCAAAUCCCUCUGUCCGAUGGCGGCGCUUGCGGUCCGGUGUCACAGUGCCGUCCCGCAAUAGCACAGACAGCAAUUCCGGGACCAGUAACGGUGUCAACGUGUCAAAAGUUGUCAACAGUGUCAGCAGCGGUGUCAAUAGUGUCAACGGUGUCAGUUGGGACUCCUCUGCGAGAAACACGCCGCACUCAGAACCAGGCGACAGUGACUCAGAUCUCUCGCCCAGAGCUCAACCACGCAGUGCUCCGAUUACGAAUGCGGCGGUGAUCAUAGAACCUGUUCUAGUUCUAAGAUUCACAUUGAGAAAGGAUGAUACGUCUGCGGUUUAUCAACCAUCACAACCGAUUCCGCAGAAGAACAUUGAACCGAAAAGCAAUAAAGGUUCGCUGAAACAGCGCUUGAGGUCGCACUCUGAGUCACGCAAGGCAGCAGCUGGCACAGCCAAGUCUCCCAAAUCUAUAAAUAAAUCACCUCAGGCUAUAAAUAGAUCGCCUCAGGCUAUAAAUAGAUCACCUGAGGCUAUAAAUAUACCAAGUAGCACCGACCAGCGCCUGCAAUCCCGCGGUCGGACCGCGUCCGGUCCGCAACUGGCGGGGCGAAGGCUGGCCUUCACAGAUGACAUGAAGUACAAGACACAGACACAGACACAGACACAUACAGUACAUACACCCACACAUCGCUUGGAUACACCACAUACACGCACCCACACGCUUAUGGCUACACAUGCGAAGGCGUUGGGGUCAAGCAGACGGUCGACUCAGUCGGAGCACUCAGCGAGUGGGAGUGAGGACGAGAGGGAGUACCUGUCAGCACAGACACACACAGACACACACAGACAUACACAAACACCCACAGACACACACGCACGCACCCGCACCCGCGCCCGCGCGUAUAAGGACAGCCGUGCCCCUGGGAGACUGGGUCGUGGUCUUGGCCUGCAGGACGGGAACGGACGCUCGGAUGCAGACGUAGACACGGACACAGACACGCGUUGCCAUGGCAACGGCGGGGGUAGGGACGGGGCUAGUAGCCUCACAGGCACACAACGAAGCAGCCGCCAGGGGGGUGCAUUCAGUGGAGAGGGGGUGGACACGCACACGGAUACGGUUAGUACCGUGUGCGGGUACAGCGACCAGGAGACUGUGGGAAGGGGCGUAGAUAGGACGAAGGGGGUAGAUAGUACCAGGGGAGGGUGUAGUGAGAGGAUAUGCAGACAUGGCUGUGACGAUGAAGGCCCGGACCAACACAGGAACGCGGCUGGUAUUAUGCACCAGGGGACGGGACAAACCCUAAACCCUACCACCCUAGAAAUCCUGGAAACUCUGGAAACCCUGGAACCGGUAUGUCGGUACAAAGGACCGCAUGCCUCAGGUGCGGCAGACACGGCUAGAACUAUAGACACCAGGCGGAGUGGCGGGAGGGACGGCGGUGGUUGCCAUGACAACGCAUCGAUACUCACAGACCCGGACGACGACUAUGUGCACGUGGGAGCCGCAGAUGUGAGUGACAUACACAACAUACGCACAGACACACCUGCUGCACUCACACGUUCUCGUGAGAGUGUGGACGGACAUGCGAGACUUAUACGCGCGCACUUUGUUGAGCGAAUAGAGACGAAACGACCACAUGGUAGGUUUAAGUGGAUGUGCUACUAG